AUGGCUCUGCAUCUUGCUCCUCUGCUUCUCCAUCUUCUCCGUGGAAGGGAGAAGGCAUUCUAGGCAUCUUGCCAAGCCCCGGAAAGGCAAGCUUUGCUGUUCCCGAGUUCCUAGUCCUGUCCCGACGGCCCAGAAAGGUGCCAUGGUGAGGAGGCUGUAGAAGAGAGGGAGCUCGUCACCCUGCAGGGGUGAUAGACAUGUGGAAGACAAGGUGACGUGUGUCCGGGGCUGCCCAGGGUCUGCAGGUGAGGGUCAACCCCUCUGUCUCACAGCAGGUGAGCCCUUCCCAGCUCUGAUAAACUGAGCCUUUCACAUAGCCUCCAAAUCCUCCGUACUAAAGGUCAAGAUCAGGGUCCAUGGUGAGAACCUCCAUGAGGAACUGUUCUUUUCCCAAGUUCUCAAAUGCUUUGAGGACAAGGGCAGAUCUAAUGUGACCAGCUUGUCCCAGUUCAUCCCAGACCUUCUUAGUUUUACCACUGAAUGUCCCACAUCCCUGGAAACCCCCUCAGUCCCAGGCAAACCAGGACAGCUAGUCAUUCUAGCAGAUCUGAGCCUGUAUAACUGAAGAGGGGGGUGGCCUCUUUAAGGAAAAAAAUAUAUAUGUAAACUACAAACACAAAAUUAAGGCUAUGGAAGGGACAUGUGAGCAAGGGGCCCAGAGCUGAAGCAUCAGUAGCUUCAAGGUCAUCUUCCUCUGUUACAGAAUGUUUCAACUUUUUUUGGAGCCAGCCGAAACUGGAUGUGACCCUAGGCCCUGUCCUUUCCUGGCUGUGUGAGGUUGGGCAAGUGACUUGUCCUCUCUGUGCUUUACUUCUUCCUUUCUAAAGCAGGGUCAAUCACACCAGAAGUUGUGUUGGUUACACAAGAUAAUAUGGGUGAACACACACACACACACACACACACACACACACACACACACAGCAUAGGAGGGGAUUCCUUCACUAUCCCUCUCCGGUGCAAGUCUGUUGACUGAGUGAACUGAGGAGAAAGAAGUCAAGGCACCAGAACCACGUGAUGAGGAGACAGGCAGACAGGACACGGAAAGCUGGUUUUUCUCAGCACACUGGCAAGAUGUUUGCCCCAGGAAACCCUGGCUCUGCCUCCAGCACACUGGGUGAUCUACAAAAAGCCCCAGUCCCCUCAUCUGUAUGUAGGACUUGUGGAAUGGCCCACCUUGGCCUUGUCCCAGCAUUUUGAGACAGAAAGAUGCAGAAAUACCUGUGCAAUUUAAAGUGCAUUUUCCAGCCAAGGGCCAAGCCUGAGGGGAUCCAACAAGAGGAGUUCUGGUUAACUGGGCCUGAAAAUAGCCCAGUACUCUGGGACUACUGAUUUAUCUUCUUGUCCUGAAUCCCUAACUCUUGCUACCUGUGGAUCAAGGAGGUCUGGCCUUGGGGGUGGGGGAUGUUCUGCUCCUGUGAAGGCCCCUGGGGAGAAAUAUUGAGACCCCAGCCAUGGAGGCCUCUCCAGGAAGCACACAAAGGGGUCUCCUAUUUCUGUAGAUAUACCCCUCCAAGGCCAUCCUGGGGAGUGACAAAGCUUGGGCCUAACGUGACCUCCCUGUACCCCCCAUGAAUAGAAGGGGGACAGGCGGCUUCUCUAACUGAAGUCCAAUGUCAGAGCAAGAGAAUGAGGGUCCAGCCUAGGGAAAUCUCUCAACAACAAGAAGGCUCCUGAGUUUCCCUGCUUUUCCUACUUAUCAGCAUCCAGGGCCCUCAUAGCAGUGCCCUGCUUUGCCUAAAUGUCCUUCAGGGAUACGGGGCUCGCUACUCCUGGGGCCGUCCAUACCUGUGUUGGCCAGCUGUGUUAGCAAGUUUGUCCAGGAUGCGGCUUGAUUCUGUCUUCACGCUGUUCACCCUUCCUUACAAGGCUUGAAUGGGUCUGCUGUUUCUCCAUGGUCACCCAUGGGGACAGGGAGUGAGGCCAGCCUGCUGUCUGGUAACUUCUGCCUCCCACCUUAGUGGAGACUUGUAUGCCCUCCGUGCUGCUUACCACAUAUAUGGACCCCCACUAGUGUUCACACUAGUGACCCCACCCGCUGGGACAGCUGGCCUGGCCUGGCCUGGGGGAGAGGGCAGGAAAGAUUUGAGAUCCCAGAGAGGUGGGGGCUGAUAACCCCUCCGCAUCUGCCUCCCCUCCCUACCACAACCCUCCUCUUUGUUUUUCAUCUCACCCCCACCCCAAGUCUUCAGGGGCACCAUCCUAGGAAUCCGUUUGCCUCUGGAGGGCAAACCCGCCCCCUAGUCGAGACACCACCUUUUCUUCCCUGCUCCUUCCUCCUCUUGGGAGGGAACCCUCUGGUCUCAGGCUGGGCUGUUCCUUGCCCGCCGCUGUUCUACAGCCUGGAACGCUCAGGUUCAGAGAGUGGCAAACCCCCUCAAAGUCACAGUGCAAGUUCAGGAAAAGGGAUAACUCCAACAGAGCCCAGGCCCUCCAGAACUUGGGGACCGCGAGAAGCCCCAGCUUCCAGUGCCGUGCUCAGGGCAAAGACCUGGCCCCUUCCCCAGCUACAGAGCCGGGGACCCCUUGGCGCCUGCGCUCCAGACCUGGGCGAGGGGGGCGUGGUAGGAAGAGGAGUUGGCAGUGACCCCUCCCGGUCCGCCGGCGGCUGGAAACCGGUACCCAGAGCUUAGCGCGCACUAAUUGGUCUCUUCUGGCGGCGGCGGGAGCGCUCCAGCUGCGCGGGGCCGAGCGGUGUCAUCCGCUUAGCGCCCUCGCGCCACCCAGCGCGCCCGCCCCGCGCCCCUCCCGCCGCCGCCCCCACCGUCGUCUCUGCACUCCGCGCGGCCCGGGGAAUGCUCCGCGCUCCCGCGCCCGGCCCGGCUGCGGCUCGCGACACUCUCUGCCCGCGGAGACAUGAGGCGCGGCCCGCGGGCCGCCCUGGCCCUGGGGCUGCUGCGCCUCUGGCUGGCCCAGGCCAAUUUUGCCCCGCACUUCUUCGACAACGGGGUGGGCAGCACCAACGGAAACAUGGCCCUGUUCAGCCUCCCGGAGGACACCCCUGUAGGUUCUCAUGUAUACACCCUAAACGGGACAGACCCUGAGGGAGACCCCAUCUCCUACCACAUCAGCUUUGACCCCAGCGCUAGAAGCAUCUUUUCUGUUGACCCCAAUUUUGGAAAUAUCACCUUGGUUGAAGAGCUGGACAGAGAGAGAGAGGAUGAGAUUGAAGCCAUCAUCAGCAUUUCUGACGGCCUGAAUCUGGUGGCAGAAAAAGUCACCAUCCUGGUGACUGAUGCCAAUGACGAGGCCCCCAGUUUCAUUCAGGAGCCCUACGUUGUCCAGGUUCCUGAGGACAUACCUACUGGGAGCAGUAUCAUUAAGGUCCAUGCGGUAGACAAGGACACGGGUUCUGGAGGGAGUGUCACCUACUUCUUGCAGAAUAUGCACGCCACCAAAUUUGCCAUGGACCGCCACAGCGGUGUGCUGCGCCUCCGGGCUGGGGCCACCCUGGACUACGAGAAGGCCCAGGCCCAUUUUGUCACUGUGGUUGCCAAGGAUGGUGGAGGGAGGCUUCGAGGGGCUGAUGUGGUGUUCUCAGCCACCACCACGGUCACAGUCAAUGUGGAGGAUGUGCAGGACAUGGCCCCUGUCUUCGUGGGCACACCCUACUACGGCUAUGUGUAUGAGGACACCCUUCCGGGCUCGGAGGUACUGAUGGUGGUUGCCAUGGAUGGAGAUCGGGGCAAACCCAACCAAAUUCUUUACAGCCUCUUGAAUGGGAGUGACGGAGCCUUUGAAAUUAAUGAGACGUCUGGAGUCAUCUCCGUCAUGCAGAGUCCUGCCCAGCUCAGGAGGGAUGUGUAUGAGCUGCAUGUACAGGUGACUGAGGUCAGCUCUGCAGGGAUCCCAGCUGCCCAGGCCAUGGUCCCAGUCACCAUCAGGAUCGUGGACCUCAACAACCAUCCGCCUACGUUCUAUGGAGAGAGUGGACCCCAGAACAGAUUUGAGCUGUCUAUGUAUGAACACCCACCUCAGGGAGAGAUCCUGCGGGGCCUUAAGAUCACUGUCAACGACUCAGACCAGGGAGCCAAUGCCAAAUUCAACCUGCGGCUGGUGGGACCUGGGGGCAUCUUCCGAGUGGUCCCACUGACAGUCCUGAAUGAAGCCCAAGUCACUAUCAUUGUGGAGAACUCAGCUGCCAUUGACUAUGAAAAGUUCAAAGUGCUAACCUUCAAGCUCCUGGCCAUUGAAGUGAACACUCCGGAGAAAUUCAGCUCUACAGCAGAUGUUGUGAUCCAGCUCCUGGACACCAACGACAAUGUCCCCAAGUUUACCUCCCACUACUACAUUGCCAGGAUCCCUGAGAAUGCCCCAGGGGGCUCCAACGUGGUGGCUGUCACAGCUGUAGAUCCAGACACAGGUCCGUGGGGUGAAGUCAAAUACUCCAUCUAUGGGUCUGGGGCAGACCCCUUCCUGAUCCACCCAUCCACCGGGAUCAUCUACACCCAGCCCUGGGCCAGCCUGGAUGCUGAGGCCACUGCCAGGUACAACUUUUAUGUGAAGGCAGAGGACAUGGAGGGCAAAUACAGUCUGGCCGAGGUGUUCGUCACUCUGCUGGAUGUCAAUGACCACUACCCUCAGUUUGGAAAGAGUUUCCAGGAGAAGACCAUGGUGCUGGGGACCCCAGUGAAAAUUGAGGCCACGGACCAGGAUGCAGACGAGCCCAACAACCUGGUGGACUAUUCCAUCACCCACGCGGAGCCAACCAACGUGUUCGACAUUGACACGCACACAGGGGAGAUCCGUCUCAAGAACUCCAUCCGCUCCCUUGAUGCCCUGCACAACAUUACACCUGGUGGGGACUUCACGUGGUCCCUAGAGGUGCAGGCCAAGGACCGUGGCUCCCCAUCCUUCAGCACCACGGCCUUACUCAAGAUUGACAUCACAGACACAGAGAUGCUCUCUCGGAGCCCCAUGGCCGCCUUCCUGAUGCAGACCAAAGACAACCCCAUGAAGGCUGUGGGUGUCCUGGCUGGCAUCAUGGCCAUCAUUGUGGCCAUAACCGUUCUCAUCUCCACCGCCACCUUCUGGCGCAAUAAGAAGUCUAACAAGGUCCUGCCAGUGCGGCGCGUGCUCCGUAAGCGGCCCAGCCCAGCACCCCGUGCCGUCCGCAUCGAAUGGCUCAAGUUCAGAAGGACCAAGGCUGCUGCCAAGUUUGUGCUCAAAGAGGAUCCUCCCAAUGAGAACUGCAACAACAACAGCCUAGGAAACACACUGCCCCCCAAAGCCCCAGCUCCCCCUCCACCACCCACAAUGGCGCCCAACAUGGGCACAGCCCACUGGACUGUGCCUACAGUCUCCGGCUCACUCACCCCUCAGCAACCCCAACGGUCACCAAAACCCAAGGUGGGAAGCCCCAUCCAAUCAGCUCUGGUCUCUGAGCUCAGGCAAAAGUUUGAGAAGAAGAGUGUGGGUAAUAAGGCUUACUUCUAGCAUGUGUCUUGUGGGCCCUAAUUUCCCAACCCCAACUAUCCCACUACUUGGGCCAUGCUCCCCACUAUCUGCUCCCUAGGGUCACCUGUGUUUUGUACAAUGAUGUAAGCCCCAUAUCCACGGCUCUGGACAUGCUUUGGACAAGGGAUUUCUCCGUUUAUGGGAUGCAACUGGCAAAUACUUCCUCAUCACCCAGAUUGUUGGCACAGCUGUGAUGCUCCCUGUUCCACAGAGACUGGGAAUAGACAAAGAGCCAACUCUAAGGUGUCUACUACUCACCAACCUCAGACCUCACAGUCCCUCAGGUCCUCCUGGGGCAUUAGCAUCCUCAGUUGAGGAAGAGGGCCCUGGCCACAUGUGACAAGGCCAACCAGAAUCUGGAUCCUGAAGCCUCCAGCUAAGAACAGGAGCAGGAAAAGGAGGUUCAGUUCUGGCUAAGGUUGUGAUCAGUUGACCCUUGCAGGCUGUAGGAGAGCAAAUGCAUCAGGGCAGGGUGGUGAUGCACUGAAAACUGAUGCUGACUGUGGGGCUAUUCCUCAAAGUCAUUGGAAAGAUGUAGGAUGGUGUCUGAGUGAAGACCGUGGGCCCCUGCUGUACAUGUGUGGGACCAGAGACACAAAGGUAUGGGAUGGCCCCAGCCAGAGCUGUCCCAGGCAGGCCCAGAAAUGUCCAAGCUAGCACCACAGUGGUAGUCCUAGAGGCAUCUGGAAGAGCCUCAAGACCCCUCCCCAGGGUGCUGGCCCUGCCCCCCACCACCCAGGAGCCCUUGAAAAGACAGUGCAGAGCUGAGAUCUGGAGAGACUUUUGUUUUUAUCCAGCUCUUUUGCUCAUGUGGUAUAACCUUGGAAAAAGCUGUUUAAAUUCCCUGAUCACUUCCUUCCUCAUUUGUAAAAUGAAGAAAUUAAGUCCUGGCUGACUCACUCACAGGUCCAAGGUGAGGACUGAAAUAAAUAUGUGGUGACAAGGGCUUUAACCAAGUGCAAAGCAGCACAAAUGCAGAGUAUUUUUCUGCAGGCCAGUUCUCUGGGCUGCAGCUCCUCCAGAAAGUAUUAGGAGCCCUUCACGCCAUUCUGCCAAGCACCCCCAGGAGGUCCUGUGCAGGGUUUGAGUACAGCCCCUGACCUGUGGCAGCCAGACCUGGAUGAUGUCAUUGCCCUUGACUCAGGCUCCUCCCAUCCAGUUAUGCCCCACCACACCCCAUGCAGCCCUGGCCAGCCAGUCAGAAAGGACCAAAGCCGGGCGGUACAUCCAUUUUGCCAAAAUGACAAAAACGAGCUUCCACAACAGGAGCAGUGCUGGAGGCCACACAGCUGGUUGGUAGCAGAGACCUGGUCUGAGGGCUCCCGACUCCUUGACAUUUUCCUUUGGCCGGGCACACCUUGUCAACUUGUGACAACAUCCCCCAGGAGAGAAGACAUGCAAGCCUCUAUGUUUAAUGCAGAGAAGUUCCGCCCAACUUUAAGGAAAGCUGCUCUAUGGGGAAUCUAGACGUGUGCAGGGAGAGGGAAGUAGAGCGAUUCUUUGCAUCUUGCUCCCCUCACUAACAACCGCUCUACAGUAUUGUCAGUGAUUUUAUUUAAACAGACUAUAUGCACAUGUGGUUUUCCUGAUUUCUGAGUCUGUGUUUUGAGGUGUUACUCAAUUACGCUGGUGUGUAAGCUCCUUGCUGGGCUUUCUGCAGUCCCCAACCCAGAGUGUAUUAAGAGGUGAUUUCUAACAAGCUGGGAGCUCAGACUGAACCAAUAGGCAUUUUGCAGCCUGUAUUUCAGGAGAGGGCUGUGCUGGCUUAUGUUUUCUCUCCACAGGGAAUACACCAUCUUUACAUUUUGCAUGCAAUCAACCUCUUUUGUAAAUGGUGAAUAAAGUCUGUUAAGCAAGGGCCCAGCUGACCUCCUGUUCCCUGCUUACAUGGACAUUAGCUGACUCAUAGAGAUCAGUCUCCCUGGCAGCCAAGCUCGGCCUGCCUCCUGGCUCCUUCAGUGGGUGAAUCCAUCCAGCCUCUAACCCCCAGAUCUGACUCUCUGGGGGGCUGCAAAAGUUUGUCCAAAUGGCCAUGCAUAUACCUCUAGUGGUAAUACAUUUACAGGGUUUGUCUAUCUAAUCAUGCCCCAUCGUGGGCCUGGAAUGGGCUUUUGUCCUGAGCAGCAAAAGCUCCAGCAGGGCUGCUUGGAAAGGAAUGGGCUCUGGAGCUAGAACUAAUUUAUCCCUCAUUCCAGCCCAGAGAAGGCAGGGAUUGGGCCUGGUGUGGACGUGAAGGCCUGGGAAGAAGUGUAGUCUCUGGGACAGCAGUCAGGAAAGCCUCUGGGCUAGAAGGUCAGGCCAGCAUUCAGGCUCUGGGAGGCCAUGGGCUCCUGGACAAAUCCAAAGCUUGAACCAAGGUAGAGACAGUCUUGGAAACUGCACCUGUGGGCAACCUCCUGCACUGGGAAGUAUGGGGAAAGUACCUAGUUGCUGGCAAGAGCCAUACUGAGAAUGAACAGGAAGGUGUGGCUAAACCUAAGGUUCCAGCAAAUGUGGAGAUACUGGAAGUGACCCCCAGCCAGUGGGAGUGAGCUGGGCCAAGUUCUACUGCAUUAGGGAGUGAUGGGGGCCGAGGGAUUACCUGCCCAGCCACAGGGGACAGACCUGGACUACAAGCCGGCACAAUUUUAAGCCUCCAGCUAACGAACUGGGAGGCAAGGGGUGACAGAUUAGGCAGGCCUUCCCACUUCUGGGUCCUAAAAAACUAAGUGGACGUUCAGCAGAUGUGUCUCCAAGGAAUCUUCAGAACAGCGUGUGUUUUUCCUAUGGUUGAGGUCAGACUUUUUAAUUGUAUGAAAUAACAUGGCGCUUUACAAUCUGACAGCCCUGAGUCUGAAUCCUGGCUCUGCCGCUUAAGUGUGACUUUGGGCAAGAGACGCAAUAUUGCAGACGCAAUAGCUCUGUGACCUGUGCAGCUGAGCAUCUGCGUUCUGAAGGAGUUAGGAACUGAUAAGACUGUCCCUAAGAGAACCCGGGGGACUCUGUACUGAACAGCUGUCCCUCAGAACCCAGCUGGUAAAAUGUGGCAAGAGCUGGGGCACAGCCAGAGUCUCCUGCUUCUAUAAGGAUUUCUGCAAUUCUGCUACUCUGAAGCCUGGAAGCUUUGAAAGAAGCCGGGGUCAGCCCACCUAGCACGGAUGUUGGCAUCUGUUGGCAAUGGUAAUGCUUCUCUGAUAGUCUUCAAGGGCCCUGGCCAUGGGAGGAUGGAUGGGGAGCAUGGGGAAGAUGCCAUCGAGGAGUAAAGCUGCCAGGCUGCCAUGUGGACACAGGGAGGGUCCCUUAGGAGAGUCACAGAAAUAACUGGGUGGGGUGGGAGGUGGUGCCUUGAAGGGCCUAGUUUCCAGAAUAAAGUGGUUAUGACUUCACCAACCAUAAAUUGAUUAAUAAAGUAAGCGACUUUAUUUUGUAGCAACAGGCUGGUGAUGUUGGGGCCAUCUGUGUGACAUUAUGAAAUUGUGCUAAUGCAUGUUUUUAGCUGAACGAGGUCCAGCCAUUUAUUUAUUUACCAAUAAUUUACUCAAUCAUUCUUUUAAUAACACAUGUUCUGAGCAUACUGCCGGUGCCAGGCCGGGUAUUAGGUGUACAGGCUCCAACAUACCAGAAGAAAGGAAGAAAAAAGAAAAAGGACAAAAUCCCUUCCUCAGGUUGACAAUAGCAGAUGCCUGGGGCCAGCAAAGGCUUCAUUCUAAAAGUAAGUCACCCUGCUUACAAAUGACUUCUGAUCCAAAGGCACUCACCUUAAAAUUACUUGGCCUAAGCUCAAAAUAGGUAAUAUUCCCAAGAGCAUAACAAAUGAAUCUGAAACGAUAGCAUCUUUUAAACAUUAAACAGAAAAGAACACUAGUUAAACAUUAAUUGAGCAGAAUGUGAAGGGUAUUACCAUAGAUAUCAUAUUAUUACAUAUAUAUUUAUACAUAUACACGCACACAUAAUCCUAGUAAGAUCUGAUGUUCCAAAUGGCCCAGUCUGUAUAUUGAGUCACGUUGAAAGAGAACACAGACGGACACGGAUGCUUUCAAUGGUGUUAAUGUUUAUUGUGAUGACAUUUAUUGUGUGCCAGACAUUGUUCUGAGAGCUUUCCAUGUGAAAAGUCAUUAAUCAUUGGGAAAUACUACCCCUAUGAGGUAGGUAGUAUUAUUAUUCCCAUUUUACAAAUGGGGACAGUAACGCACAGAAAAAGAGAGUAACUUGCGUAACAUCACAAAGCCGGUAAGAAUUUAAGCCCAGGAAACUGAGUUCCAUGGUCUGUGCCUUAACAUGUCCCCCUUCCGCUGUCACAUCGCCUGAUCGAUCUGAAUAAUACGCAUCUUUACCCUCGGAAUUUUUAAAAGGCCUCUCUAAGGGUGUUAAACUAAUCAGAUUCCCAGAAAUACUCUCUAGACCUUGUUCCCUCUGCCUAAAUUUCCAUGUUCAUAGGAGUGGCUGAAUGAACACUGGCCCUGCUCACUGAGGUACUCCUGACUCUCACUGUUGUAUUAUACUUGUCCUCCAUGGCUCCUUCCCCCUUCCUGUCCCUUCUGUCCCGUGCCUGCCAUGAAGAUUUCUUUGCUAGGAGUGGAGGCCAGAACACCUACUGCUGCCUUCAUGGUAGCCUCAGGCUCCUUCAUAAUUGCUGUACCCUCCAAGACCUGUGGACAGUUUCUGAUGCUGUUGGAAGAAAACACACAGAGGCCAACAGGAGUACAAGCUCUUGCCUUUUGCUCUGACCACUUUUCUUCAAAAUUUAUCACGGGAAAUUUCUCAUGAACAAAUUCUCUUCUGCAUUACAUGUAUGAAUGUGUUGUCUAUAUACAUAUGUAUAUAUAACUAUAUAUGCACAUAUAUAAUUUUAAAAUAUAUGUUCUUAGGUGUGAUAA